AGUGUGAAACAAACUGAUAAUUCCAAUUUCCCAAGAAGUGUCAUAUAUUCCAUACUAAUACGUUUGUACAUUGACAAAUCAACACUAGUCAACGUUUAGCAGCAGUAAAAAUGUAUACGUAAAAUUUCAUGUUUUGAUCUUAUGUUAAAAAAUUGCCACCCUCUCCACUAUAAAUUGAAUGUGACACCAUGUUUCCAAAUCACUAGCACCAACAUUCUUGUUCCAUAUUAUAUAUCCAAAAAAACACAAUAUGGCUUCUUCUUCUUCCAAGUUAUGUAAUCCCCUCUCAAUAUUUCUUAUUCUUUCAUUUGCUUCUAUAGCAUUUUCCGACACCGUGACUAGUCCAAAUCCAAUUACGCCUACUUCUCCGGGCACGGCGUGCAAAUCCACCCCUGACCCAACCUAUUGCAAAUCCAUUCUUCCUCCUCAAAAUGGCAAUGUUUAUGAUUAUGGUCGAUUCUCGGUCAAAAAAUCUCUAUCACAAUCCCGAAAAUUCUCGAACCUAAUCAACCAAUAUCUCCAACGUCGCUCAAAACUUUCCACCACCGCUAUACGAGCGCUACAAGAUUGUCAAUCACUUAGCGACCUCAACUUUGAUUUCCUUUCGAGUUCUUUUCUAACCGUUAACAAAACAACUAAGUUUCUUCCAAGUUUACAAGCCGAAAACAUCCAAACAUUACUUAGCGCGAUUCUGACAAACCAACAAACAUGUUUAGAUGGUCUUAAAGACACUUCCUCCGCUUGGAGUUUUAGAAAUGGACUCACAGUUCCACUUUCUAAUGACACCAAACUCUAUAGUGUUUCUCUUGCUUUCUUUACUAAAGGUUGGGUUCCUAAAACCAAACCAAAAACCUCCUUUCAUAAUAAUGUGCAUCCCUCAUUUAAAAACGGCCGUUUGCCACUUAAGAUGUCGAGCAAGACACGUGCGAUUUACGAAUCAGUUAGUCGUAGAAAGCUUCUUCAAAGUAAUCAAGUUGGUGAGGAUGUUGUGGUGAGAGAUAUUGUGACAGUUAGUCAAGAUGGAAGUGGAAACUUUACGACGAUUAAUGAUGCUAUUGCUGCAGCUCCAAAUAAAUCUGUUUCUACUGAUGGUUAUUUCUUGAUCUAUGUUACUGCUGGUGUUUAUGAAGAGUAUGUUAAUAUUGAUAAGAAAAAGACUUAUUUGAUGAUGAUUGGAGAUGGUAUCAACAAGACUAUCAUCACCGGAAAUCAUAGUGUUGUCGAUGGAUGGACCACAUUCGGCUCCCCAACUUUCGCUGUGGUUGGACAAGGAUUCGUGGGUGUGAAUAUGACCAUCCGUAACACCGCGGGUGCUAUAAAGCACCAAGCAGUGGCACUUCGUAACGGGGCAGAUUUAUCGACCUUUUACAGUUGCAGUUUCGAAGGGUACCAAGACACAUUAUACACACAUUCGCUAAGACAAUUCUAUAGAGAAUGUGACAUAUACGGUACAGUUGAUUUCAUAUUCGGAAAUGCUAAGGUUGUUUUCCAAAAUUGUAACCUUUAUCCUCGUCUUCCAAUGAGUGGACAAUUCAAUGCAAUCACAGCACAAGGUAGAACAGAUCCAAAUCAAGACACAGGUACUUCCAUUCACAAUUGUACAAUUAAAGGUGCAGAUGAUUUAGUUUCUAGUAAUGGUAAAGUUGCAACAUAUUUGGGUAGACCAUGGAAAGAGUAUUCAAGAACAGUUUAUAUGCAAACAUUUAUGGAUAAUGUGAUUAAUGUUGCUGGUUGGCGUGCUUGGGAUGGAGAAUUUGCAUUAAGUACAUUAUAUUAUGCUGAGUUUAAUAAUACUGGACCAGGGUCUAAUACUGAUGGAAGAGUGACAUGGCAAGGUUAUCAUGUGAUUAAUGCUAGUGAUGCUGCUAAUUUUACUGUGGCAAAUUUCUUGCUUGGUGAUGAUUGGUUACCUCAGACAGGGGUGUCUUACACUAAUAACUUGAUUAAUAUUUAAUGUGAUCUUGAUUAAUUAGACACAUACUAGUACUAUAUAUAAUAUACUACUACAUUGACACAUUCACUUUGUUCUUUAUCUUUUGUAAAAUAAGUUGGUUAUUGCUUGUGUACUAUUCUAAAUGAUUUAUUAUCAAUAAUUAUUGUACAUGAUGAUGCCAGCAAAUGUUGAAAGCAAAUUGUUUCAUUUCAUUUAAUUGAUUAAUGUGAUUUUGUUAUAAAGCAAAU